AUGUCUAAAGUAUUUCUGCUGGCACUUGUUUCUGCUGCCUCAUCUCGGCAUUUUCACGACUUGGGCCUGUCCGUGGCAGGUAUCAUCUUUCUUGGCGCACCUCUCCAGGGAAGUAACGCUGCAAUUUGGGGAACAUGGCUAGCUCAGGCUCUUCGAUAUGAUUCUACUAUGUUACAGUUAUUACAAAAAGACAGCCAACCUUUGUUCGAUGUUGCGAGAGACUUUUCGGACUGCCAUAUUAACUGGGACUCUGUUUGUUUCUACGAGACUCAACACGCCAGAUAUGGGCUAUUGACGAUACAGACUGUAAACCAACAAUCAGCUACUCAGCUUGGAAAGCGGAUGAUCCCACUUGACACUGAUCACUCUGGACUUAAUAAGUUCAGUGGGGAGAAUGAUGAAAAUUUCAAGCGUGUUCUACCGGAGAUUCGAAGAAUGGUUGAAGGUGGAGGCUCAAUUGUGACUGAGCGUUACCGCAUCAACGUGACGUUCACCGGAUCAUACCCCGCACUGCUAGCUCGAAUACAAACGAUCUUACGCAGUGAUACUACUUCUUCUAAUAAGCAGAGGAGCUUUUGGGGAAUAUUCUGGGUCGAUGUCGACAAGCCUUCUAUUGCUGAGCGUAACUUUACUGCCGUUGCAAAGAACAUUGGAAGCUCAGUUAAGACUGUCCCUGAAGCACUUCAAGUUCUUGCAGCGACGAAUCGAAGCUGGCUCCUUACCCUCGAUAAUGCCGAUGACCCGGAGUUUGAUUACCAAGACUAUUUUCCACCUGGAAAUCACGGCGCCGUUCUCAUGACAUCUCGUGUUGCCGAAUGUAGACAGUAUAGUCCAGACGCAUUUGAAGUACUAGAAGGUCUCGGAGAGGAUGAUUCAAAAGAACUUUUACUCAAAGCGGCCGAAUUAGCUCCAGAAUCGUGGCCAUCUCAUGACGAUCAAGCCAAUGAAGUGGUCAGCCUCCUAGGGUCGCACACGCUUGCUUUGAUACAAGCUGGAGCAUAUAUCAGUCAAGGCCAUUGUCAACUCCACAAGUACCCUGAGGUUUACAAACGGCAGCGAACGCGGCUCUUAACGUAUCGUCCAAAGCAAGCCCAAUCGAGGUACUGCGAUGUUUAUGCGACCUUUGAAGCAUCAGCAGAUAUUUUAGAGCAGUAUGGAAGCGAGUCUACAAAAGACGCUUUACGCUUACUUGAGAUCCUGUCAAUGCUUGGCUCUAGCGUGCUCACUCUUCAAGUUUUCGAGGAGGCGUGGAAGGGUUGCAAAGAUAUCUUACGGGUUAGCAGUAUCAAAGCCAGAGUUAUCGACCAAUUUUCCCCGGAUCACGUCUCGCAAUUACCAAGUUUCAUGGUCCUAGAGGAAGACCAGUGGGAACCUUUUCGUCUCACAAAGGCCAUCUCUCUACUUGCAUCACUUUCAUUAGUCACUCGACAUGAUCAAGACGGCGACGUGGGAUUAUCGAUGCACCCGCUGACUUACGCUCGGGCCAGGGAUCGACAGGACUCAGAGCGUCAAGGUAUGGCAUGGAUCAUAGCUGGCUGUGUUCUUGGAUUUUCUCGCUCAAAUACCCGCAUAUGGCAGACACAAGAGAGACGUCUACUCCCGCAUAUCUUAUCUUACUUGAAUAUAAAGGUCAAUAAGGCAUUUGGGUUAGCAUCAAAAGCAAUUACCACUCCAAUUAUUCUCCAAUGCAGCUGGGCUCUGUUGGUUAUGCGGCAAGAUUUCAAACUUAGCCAAUUACUGGAAGAAACAUUCUUCGAGCUUGGACAGAACCCUGAUGAGCCAUCGGAAGACUUCUUGCCGCUAUAUGAACUUCAAGCAAGAAGCUUGGUGAAUCUCGGGAGGGGUAAAGAAGCCGUGGCGCUGCUCGAGUAG